CCCCUUCCCGUCGCACAACAACAAGGGAGGAGAGAAGGAGCGCAGCGAGUCCGGAGGUUCUCGGUCACCGGGAUGCAGAGGCAAGAGGACGAUUCGGUUUCCCCUGAUUCAUGGAGCUCUAGAGAAGGUUAAAACGAGAGCAACAUGGCGAGAGAGCAGGACGUGGAGCGCAUCGCUAAGAAGCUGGACAAGAUGGUCCACAAGAAAAAGACGGAAGGGGCAGCAGACCUCCUGAAGGAACUGAAGACCAUUGACAUGUCUCUGGAGACACUGCAGUCAACCAGGGUGGGGAUGUGUGUGAACGCGGUGAGGAAGCAGAGCUCGGAUGAGGAGGUCCAGACCCUCGCUAAGACCCUCAUCAAGUCCUGGAAGAAACUCCUGGACGGUGCUGAUGGGAAGGUGGAGGAAAAGAAGAAGGAGGCAUCUGCUAUGAGGUCAUCUUCCUCCAAGGAGUCUGGAUCCGCAGAGAGGAGCUCAAAGUCCUCGGAGGAUCUUCCCCCGACCCCCACCAGCCCCACCGGCCCCCCGAGGGUCACCUCCUUCCCCCCUGCCCCCGUCACCACGGACACCGUCAGGACCAAGUGCCGCGAGAUGCUGGUGGCUGCCCUUGAGACGGACGACGACCACAAGAACAUCGGUGUGGACUGCAAACAUCUAGCAGCUCAGAUUGAAGAUCUGGUGUACCAGGAGUUCCGCUCCACGGACAUGAAGUACAAGAGCCGCCUGCGCAGCCGCAUCUCCAACCUCAAGGACCAGAAGAACCCGGACCUCCGGAGGAACGUCCUGUGUGGAAACAUCUCCCCCCAGCAGAUUGCCACCAUGAGGGCGGAGGAGAUGGCAAGUAAGGAGCUGAAGAUGGUGCGCGACAGUCUGACGAAAGAGGCCAUCAGAGAACACCAGUUGUCCAAGACGGGCGGCACGGAGACGGACAUGUUCAAGUGCGGCAAGUGUCGCGGGAAGAACUGCUCCUACUCACAGGUCCAGACGCGCAGCGCUGAUGAACCCAUGACCACCUUUGUGUUGUGCAACGGCUGUGGAAACCGGUGGAAGUUCUGCUGAAGAACGUUUUUUCCGGAUGAGACCUGGAUUGUACAUUUAGUUUUUCCUUUUUGUAUCGUACGUUUGAUCCAUAACAAGGCCGUAAUAUAUCGGACCACAGCAUAUUAACCACAUCGACUCAUCCGCUUCCUGUGACAUCACUUCCACUUCCUGUGGUUUUGGUUCUGGUUUUAGCGUCGACACUAAACUAACAGUAGAAAUCUUCUUUGAAGGGCAUUCACGCGCAUGGAAAUCUCAUGGCGUCACCAAUCUGGAUCGGAAAGCAUGUUACCAUGGCGAUACCAAACAUUCUAACGUCCCUGGCUCAGUCCCGUGACCGCCGACCAAUCAGAACAGACGUAGUUAGUAAUUAAAUGUUUUUUCAUCCAAAACUAUUUGUUUAUGCCAAGGCUUCUGAUUGGCCGUGGAAGAUUUAGAAAUAAGGAUGUGGGCGGGGUUAAUAACGCCUCUCGUAGUGUCUCUUAGUAGACUUAUAAAUAAUAAUUCAGAUAUCCGUUUCCACAUUGCACUCAAAUAAGGUAAAUCCCAAACAAUUCUACUUUUCCGUUUUUACAUUUUUUUAACGACGAUAGGAUUUGGCAAAUUUGACUGUUCUCUGCUGUCUCUUGAAAGUCCGUUAUCUCUAGAGAGCCGAUGUGUCUGCAGAGAGACAGUUCUCUCCAGAGAGCCGGUUCUGUUCCUCUUUUCGUUUUGGUCUGAGGUUUGUUACUACAGUUCAUCUGGUUUCAGUUCUUGCCCCCCCCCCCCCCCCCCCCCCGAGGGACGGACCCCCAGCGCGGACGAUAGAGAACGCCUCAGGCCUGAGAGGAGCGAACUAAAGUCUUUCAUGCGUUUCAUUUGGUUUUGGAGUUCCUUUUGAGUUACGGUGCUGUGGAAGAUAUUUAUUUUGUAUUUAAAGCAUUCGCCUUGCGUCUUUGAUUAAAAAUAGAUGGAAAGAAAA